UCAAUUUAGACCAAUCGAGAUUGACAUGUCCUCCUUAUGACGACAGAAAACAGAGCUAGUCUCAGAUUAUUCGUUCCGUGCUUUCUGUCCUUUGUAGUGGCAAUGGCACAGAGUACAGAAUGUCUGGAUGUAUUCAUACUCGGCGGACAGAGCAACAUGGCUGGAAGAGGAGGUGUCGAUGUACUGGAGAAUGGAACCCGAGCUUGGAAUCAGGUCGUCCCCAUGUCAGCGAAUGUGUCUGAUGGAUCGAUCCUCAGACUGACAGCACAGCUGAAUUGGGAGCCCGCCAAAGAGCCUCUGCAUCGAGACAUCGAUGCUGGGAAGGUUUGUGGGGUCGGGCCUGGCCUUGUUUUCGGGGCCAAGGUACUCAACCAUUUGAGAGAGACAGGGCACGCCAAUCCGACCAUCGGUCUCGUUCCUUGUGCAAUCGGUGGCACAAGUAUCCGGGACUGGGAGAAAGGAGGACCUCUAUACAACACAAUGCUGCACAGAGCUAACUUUGCUCGUCGUGGCGGCGGAACUCUGAGAGCUUUGCUGUGGUAUCAAGGGGAGAGUGAUGCAGACUCCAAAGAGGAUGCUGAUUCAUACAAGUGGCGACUGGAAAAGUUUUUUUCAGACUUUCGAUCUGAUCUGAACGACGACUCGCUGCCAAUCAUGCAGGUCAAGAUCUGUGGUACAUGGCCAUUUGUGGAGGAGGUGCGAGCUGCCCAGGCGACUGUUAAGGUUCCUGGGGUGUGCACAGUCGAUUCCUGGGGUUUUGACCUCAAUCCCGAUCACAUGCACUUGACUACGGAGUCACAGGAGAAACUUGGUCUCAUCAUGGCUCAGAAGUAUCUGAGUCAUUGUCAUGCUUGAGCGUAGUCUCCCUGAGUCUUGGUUGACGAAGAAGACGAGAUUGGUUUCACUCUUUCCAGCACCCUGUUGGGUUAGUCAGCUGUACAAACCACAUCAUUCUUCAAAGGUGGAGUGCUCCGCUUUCCACUUCAUACUAAGAACCAUCUUGGACUGUCUAUAUUCCUGAGCCUGCCGUGAGGACAAAAAUCUGACGACGCGACAGGAGUGUACACCACAGACUUGGAAGUAGAUGACAGUCUUCAUCGGUUUGCAACGCGUUUUUCACUUUAUUGAUACGAUGUUCUCUCAAAAGUGCAACCAUUACAUGUGUCCUGAAGAGCUCUGCAAUCAUGAUUUGCAAAUGUGAACUUUCAAAAAAUGUUCGACAGCAUUCUGGGCCAAGAACGUGUUUCAUACAGAAGUUUAAGAAUCAAAUG